AUGGAACCUGCGCAAGCACCACUCGUCCCUGCUCCCCUUGCCUCUGCGGACACAGCUCCUCCACCACCUAUCAAACCAGCGCCACCAGUGCCUACUCAUCCCAUGCACACACCUCUGCGUGAUGGCAUCUCUCAGUCUAAAAACCGCACCGACGGCAUAGUUCGGCUUCCAAAAAUCCAGCAUGGAGCGCGGCAAUGUCUGAAGAAAUUGAUGCCUUGUUGUGAAAUCGGACUUGUCAGUUGCAAAUGGGUCUUCCGCAUCAAGCGUCAUUCUGAUGGCACUAUUGAACACUACAAGGCCCGCCUAGUGGCUAAGGGAUUUCAUCAAUGCCCUAGCAUUGACUACUUUGAGACCUUCAGCCCUAUUGUCAAACCAGCCACAAUUCGCACUGUUCUCAGUCUUGCUGUUUCCCGUCGGUGGUUCUUACGGCAACUUGAUGUCUAG